AUGAGUCAGGAUAUCGACGAGCCACCCGACGGAGGCCCGCGCCCACCCACUAAAGAAGAGUGCGAAAACUUCAACCGAAGCCACAAGCAGCGAACUACACUUCGCAGCUUCCUCACGAAGGCGUGCAAAUCGGCCGAUGAGUUCGUGAGGCAGUACGUGCCGAGCGACCCAGCCCGGCGAGAGGCGCUGGUUCACAUAGCUAAAAUCGAGGGCUUGCACAGUCAGAUCGAGGAAAUGGAUAGAAUUCUCAUGCCCUUAGCGGCGACGCUACAACCCGAGCGUCUCACCGCGUCCCUCGAGAAACAAAUCAAUUACCGACACGCAGCCGAGGUCGCCCUACUGGAUCUCCGGGAACUAGUGAGAGCUGCAGACGAAGUGAAAGCGGCGAAGGCGCAAUCCCAGUCGAUUCCGUCCACGAGCCGAUGCGCCGAUCGGAACCAGGAUCAAGGACACCAGCAGAUAGCAUUCAUACAGCAGGCACCAACCCCCGCGGAUAUUCCCAAAUUCUUCGGCGACGUGAAACGCUUCCGUGAUUGGUGGCAGCAUUUCGAAUACCUGGUUGACUCCAAACCGCUGCCGCUCACGGAGAAAUUCCGUCUACUAAAACUCUCUCUUCGAGGCCAGGCGGCAGCGGCGGUUUCGGAGCUAGGCUGGGAGGAAUCAAGUUACGGCAUAGCAAAGACAACGCUCAAGGAUCGUUUCGGAAAACAGUCAGAUGCCAACGCUCAACAUAUUUUGUCUAUCAUCGGGAUCUGCAAGCAAAGAGACGGCUUUCGGAACGAUAAGUUGAACCAUUUUGUAUCUCAAAUCUCCCAGAAUCUCAAAGCCCUGAUCGGGGGGGGGGCAACUCGUACUCCGGUUUAUCGAUCACUCUGUUCACCGUGA